GGGAAAGAGGGACGGGUGGGCGCACGUCCCGGCCAUGCCCGGGGAGGCCGCCCGCGCGGAGCUGCCGCUGCCCGAGCCCGGGGGCCCCGGGCCCCGCACAGAUCUCUCCUGUGAUGCAGCUGCUGCCAUCCUGAAAGGGGACAAACAGGAGCCCCAUGCCCUCACCCCAGGGCCCAGCCCCUUGGCCCUCACAUUCCUGCCCAGCAAACCAGGUGCCCGGCCCCAGCCUGAGGGAGCCAGCUGGGAUGCAGGGCCAGGUGGGGCCCCUUCAGCCUGGGCAGACCCAGCAGAGGGCAGCCCAAACCCAGCACUUCUCCCCGAGGGCCUGCCCCUCCAAGCUCUGCCUGAUGAGGGCCAGCCCCUUGACGUUCUGCCCCCCAAGGCCUCUCUGCCCACCACCCUGGAGCCCCGGAUUGUGAUGGGUGAGGAGACAUGCCAGGCCACCCCAUCACCUAGAGCAGCCUGGCCAACGCUCAGGGAACAGGAGGGUGGGCACACCCAUCGGCACCCACCCCCUGAGCUUUGUUCUCAGGAUGAUCUUCCUGUGCCUUCCCCUACCCCAGACCUCGAUGACUACUUUACACCUCCUGCUACCCCUACCAAGACCACCUAUGACCUGCUCUCCUGCCCUGGGCCCCAGAGAGACACCUGGGCCCCAGAGGCUGAGCUUCUGGAUGAGCUGCUAGACUCUAGGCCCACCUCGCCCUCGGGCUCCUACAUCACUGCUGAUGGGGACAGCUGGGCCUCCUCACCGUCCUGUUCCCUCGGCCUGUUGGCUCCUGCUGAAGGGCUGGACUUUCCCUGUGACAUAGGCCUCUCCCCACUGGGGCCCACGGCAGAUGAAGGAGAGCCAAGCCCUACCACACCCCCAGAGCCACUGUCUUCUGAGUCCAGCCUCUCCACAGACAGCAGCUCUUCCUGGAGCCAGGAAGGCCACUUCUUUGACCUGGACUUCCUGGCCAAUGACCCAAUGAUCCCCGCAGCCCUCUUGCCCUUCCGAGGCAGCCUCCUCUUCCAGGUAGAAGCUGUGGAGGUGACACCACUGUACCCAGAAGAGGAAGAGGAGGAAGAGGAGGCGGAGGAGGAAGGGGAGGAAGAGGAGGAAGAGGUGGCAGCUGAUGCUCCAAUCCCAGAUGGAGACUUGGCAGGGGAGGGUGAGGAGGACAGUACGUCCACCUCAUUCCUGCAGUCCCUGUCUGACCUGUCCAUCAUCGAGGGCAUGGAUGAGGCCUUUGCUUUCCGGGAUGAUACGUCCGCAGCCUCCUCUGACUCUGACUCCACCUCGUACGCAGGAGCAGAUGAUGACAGGCUGUACAGCACAGAGCCCCACGCCCAGCCCAGCUCCCUACUGCAGGACAGUGCCCAGAAGACAGAGCAGGAGCACAGGGGUGGGACCCUGGGCCCUGAGGCCAUCCCUCAAGUCUCAAAGGGAGACAUUUGUCUCACACACAGCCAGCAAUCCAUUGCAGAGAAAGCAGAAAAGAGCCUCCCUUUAGUCCACAAGUCCCAGGGUAUUGUGGAGCCUCCAAUUCUGCAGGCAGCCCAGAACCUCCAGGUGGAGCCAGCUCCUAAAGCAAUCCCUUGGGUAGGGGGCGAGAGAGAUAGCUCUUGGGUUAGAGAAGCACCUGCCACCAGAGCACCACCACAACCCUACCAGGAGGGGCUAGGCGCUUCCUCAGGCUGGGAGCUCACUGGUACAGAGUCACCGCCAGCUCUGCAAGAAGCCAACCCUGUCUUGUGCCCAGACCUUCUUGAGAACUUGAAGGACAGUAGAUUGAGCCUUCCCUCAGGCCCAGAACCUGAGGAUGUGGCCACAUUGGGGCCCCAGCAAGCUGAUGGAGGUGUCACAGCACCCCAGGACUCUUCCUUGGCAGCACUUCCAGAUGGAGAUGGCACCUCAGCCCAAGAACCUAUGGCUGAAGCCACACCAGGGCCCCAGGAGAUGGAAGCAAGUGUCAUCCUGGCCCAGGACUCUUCUAUGGCAGCACUUCCAAAGGAGAAUGUCACCUCAGACCCAGAGUCCAUGAUUGUGGCCACACUGGGGCUCCAGAAGACUGAAAAGGAUGUCAUCCAACGCCUGGACUCCCCUGUGACCAUACAUCCACUCCUACAAGACUCAGAUUCCACCUUAGGCCCAGAACCAGUGCCUGAGAACACUUCCCAGGGCCAAGCAAAGGCAGGUUGCAGCCCAGGGACUACACCAGGGGCCUCAGGGGCCCGGCAAAAGUUAGAUAUAGCCUUAGGAGCAAGGCUGAUAUUGGAAGAAAAGGAUGCAGCUCCUGGAGAAUCAGAGUCUCCAGCCUCAACCCCAGCUGAACAAAAUAGCCCAGCAUCAGCACCAGAAGCUGCAACUCUCUGGGCACCAGGGAAAGAGGCAAGUCCCACCUUGGGCAUAGAGGCCCCCAGGACCCCCAAGCCUGCCUCUGGUGCUGGAGAUGAAGUAGCUGAAGGUCUCUUUGCACCUGAGCAGGAAGCAUGGCUUGAAGGCCAUAAUGGGAUCGAGACCCACUUGCUUGCAAAGGAGGCCAUGGAAUCUAAGAACAUGGGAGGUGGAGGGCCUAAGCCAUCAGCACAAGGACACGGACCUGGAGCAGCAAAGUCAGGGCCUCAAGACUCAUGGGAGGCUCCCAAGGCAUAUUCUGCUGCCUGCCCGGAGGUCAGGCAGGCACACAGCCUGAGCCCAACUAGAGAAGGAAGGGGCCUCAGCAGCCAGGCCCUCCUGGAAGCCACACUUCCCAUGAUUUCCUGCCCAGAAUCCCCAGCAAGGGCAGCAUGUAGGCCAGACAGGGGCUGCCCCGAAGAGCCUGCUCCCACCUCUGAGAGACAGGAACCUGUGCUAGACCCAGGCAGUGGGAAACAGCAUCAGACCACCCUCCAUGUCCUUGACUCCCCUCCAUCACAGACCCCAGAAAACCCUGCCAGGGAUCUGCCAAGUACACCCCAGAGUAAGCCUAUGGCUCCUGAGCCAUCUGCUCCUGGUGUCCUUGCUGGGACAGCCUCACCAGCCCUGGGACCCUCUGCUCCUUGCCUGUGUCCUGGCCCCCAGGAAGACUCUGUGAAAGAUGAAGGGGCCUCAGUCUCUGGGGACCUCCAGCUGUCUCAGACUGCUGCUGCUGCCACCUCAGGAACCACAAAGCCUCUGGGGGCCAGGCAGCGGGUAAGCCUCCCACCCCCCUGCCUCCUCCUCAGCCCCAAGGCGGCCCCCAAGGAUGCCAAAGACACAGCCAAGAACCUGGUUCCCCGGAUCUCAAGCCCCUGCCAAGUGCCUCCACCCUUGGGAGCCCAGAGCCCAUCCAGCCCUGGACGGCACCCAGCCCCUGAGGAUGAGACCCAGCAAGAGGAUGAGGACAGCCUGGAGGAGGACUCACUGCAGGCCCCAGGCUCGGGCCAGCACUCAGACAGCCAUGGGGAGUCGUCAGCUGAGCUGGAUGACCAGGACACCUCAGCACCUCAGAAGGCACAGUGCCCAGCCCAGGCUCCAACAGGCAGCAGUGAAGCCAUCGCCAAAGCCAAACAGAGCCGCAGUGAGAAGAAGGCACGAAAGGCAAUGUCCAAGCUGGGCUUGCGGCAGAUCCAGGGUGUCACUAGGAUCACCAUCCAGAAGUCCAAGAACAUCUUAUUUGUCAUCGCCAAGCCCGAUGUCUUCAAGAGCCCUGCCUCAGACACCUAUGUGGUCUUCGGAGAGGCUAAGAUAGAGGACCUGUCCCAGCAAGCGCACAAAGCUGCUGCAGAGAAGUUCAAGGUGCCCUCAGAGGCCUCAGCCCUGGUGCCCGAGUCAGCACCUGGGCCUCGGGUAAGGCCAGCGUGCGAGGAGGAAGAGGAGGAAGAGGAAGAGGAAGAGGUGGAUGAGGCUGGGCUGGAGCUACGGGACAUUGAGCUGGUUAUGGCGCAGGCCAACGUGUCCAGGGCCAAGGCUGUGCGAGCGCUAAGGGAUAACCACAGUGAUAUCGUCAAUGCCAUCAUGGAACUGACCAUGUAGCUGCUGGUUGGAAGCUGGUCCAUCCUGCCCCUCUCCCAACUCUGCUGCCCAAUAAA